ACGAAUAGAACGGGCUCUUGGUACCCAUAUAUUCAGAUUGACGAACUUGAUGGAAUACUCGUUUGUGCGUGUCUGUACACUCUUGAUAUAUCCACGAACUGUUCAUAGCCACUGGUAUACACCAGACAAGUCCGUGCACCAUGUUGCAUAAGUGUGUUCGGGUACUUUGUGAAGAUGUGGAUAUCCAAAUUUUCCAACGAGAACACAAGGACGUUGGUUGUUCGAUGAAUGAUGACCUGGUACACGGAUUCUCCUUCUCUAUCAUCACACUAUGCGCUCUGGUCCAUCUUAUGUUCCCAACUCAAGGGUUUAGUUCGGCCGAUCUCGGCCCGGAAGUCAAUCGCCUCGAUGCGAACGAGCCAAACGUCAGUGACGACUGGACUCCCGCUUCGAUACACAACUUGGCUUUGACUCCAGAGUAGCACCUUCCAGAUGUUCGAAGCUGUCUUUUGAGACCUUAAAUGUGUCCUGCCUGAACAGGUAUCGAUGUCUGCCUGAAAUACGCAAGUACGCGCCUGCGCCAAGCCGCCUUCCAACA